GUGCAGUGGAUGAACAAGCGGCAGCUCUAUUAUCAAGUCCUAAAUUUUGGAAAGACUGUCUCCUCGGCACCAGUGCCCUGGAAGGGGUUCACGGUUAUAACUGGAAGGGAAAGUCCAGUUGCCGUGGUGCUCGGCGGCAGCACGGAACGUGCAUUUCAUAGAGGAGAUUUUCUCUUUCUAGCAAGUCGAGUUGAAGAUCAUCCCGUAGGAGUGGAAGAAAUUGUUGUUUUUAGGAUAGAAGGAAGAGAGGUUCCUAUAGUUCACCGAGUCUUGAAGAUUCAUGAAAAGCAAAAUGGACCUGUGAAGUUUCUGACCAAAGGAGGUAACAGUGUGGUUGAUGCCCGAGGCCUGUAUAGACAAGGACGACAUUGGCUAGAGAAGAACGAUGUUGUGAGGACAGCGAGGGGAUUUGUUCCUUACACUGGGGUUGUGACCAUCCUCGUGAGUGACUAUCCUAAGUUUCAGUGUGCAGUACUCUUCUUGCUGGGUUUAUUUGCGCUGGUCCAUCGUGAGUAA